CGAAGUAACAGCAACAGAGGACGCGUUAUUCGUAGGAGUGACAAGAACACCUCCUGAGCGCCUCGCUAUGACGAGUUCCUUGAUAGACCUAGGCAUCGUCGGAGUCAAUUGGAUCAGCCACCAGAAAAAGUUUUUAUAUAGGACGAUAGGAAAAGGUCUCAAGAAACUUCAAGUCGGGAGUCGAGUCGGGGUCCUGGUGGACUCGUCAAACGACCUUCACCUCUUCGUCGACGGACAGGACCAUGGUGUUGUAGCGGAACAUGUCCCACCGCCCUGCUUUGCUGUAUUUAUUAUGCACGGUGCAAUCACGAAGGUGACAGCCCUUCCUACAUCAAAAAGAUCAUGAAGAAUGUAGGAGAACAAGAAGGUUGAGACAGUAAAGCGUGAAUAUAUUUGCCGCCAUGACAUGGCCAUUGAUACUACCAUUGACUGCUCAAAUGUAUUUGCUUCGUAAACCUGUUUUCUCUUCAAAACAUUAAGAUGACAAG